AUGUCAGCAGUUCAGGAUGGCAAAAGGUGGUUGCAGGAGUGGUCAAAAACACCAACGGUAGGAGUAUCAAAUUUCAGAAUGAAUGAAGAGGGAAUGGUUGAAGUGUCAGGGACAGUGGAUCCGAGCUUACUUCUAAAGAUACUAGCAAAGGCAGGGAAAAGAGCAGAGGUUUGUUGGUUUCAGUUUGGGCAAUGUUCUAGCAACUUGUAUAUGCCGCCGGAUCACAACGAUUACUAUGACUACGGCCACAAUGGUUACUGUGGGAAUUAUGGGUCCCAUGGAUAUGGAGGACUUGGUUAUAAUGGAGGAUAUGGAGGAAACAACUACUAUUCUGACCAUAGGUACCUCCAUCACAGAGGAUAUGGAACCCGUCCUCGGCCCAGACUUUCGUACCGGGUAGGACCUUCAUCCCCGCCCCUAGCCGAUGAAGGCGCUGGCUGCUGCAGUUUGAUGUGA